UGUGCGGCUGUGACCUCGCUCAGGGGGGCUUCUUCAUGAAGAAUGGCGAUUAUCUGUGCACGCUGGACUACCAACGCAUGCACGGCACCCGCUGCAAUGGCUGCGGGGACUUUGUGGAGGGCGAGGUGGUCACUGCGUUAGGCAAGACGUACCACCCCGCCUGCUUCGUCUGUACCAUCUGCAAACGACCGUUCCCCGCUGGGGACAGGGUGACCUUUAACGGGAAGGACUGUCUGUGUCAGUACUGUGUGGAGCCCAUGUCUCCGGGACCAAAGGACAUCCUGGGCUCCAGCAAUUGUGCAGGAUGUGGUCGAGACAUUAAGAACGGGCAGGCUCUGUUAGCGUUGGACCGACAGUGGCACCUCGGCUGCUUUAAGUGUAAGGCCUGCAGCAAAGUGCUGACCGGGGAGUACAUCAGCAAGGACGGCGCCCCCUACUGUGAGAAGGACUACCAGAUCCACUUUGGAGUUCAGUGUGAGGCGUGCCAUCAGUUCAUCACAGGGAAGGUGCUGGAGGCUGGAGAUAAGCACUACCACCCCAGCUGUGCACGAUGCAGGUGCAAUCAGAUGUUCACGGGAGAGGAGAUGUAUCUGCAAG